UUUAAUUUUGAGAUUAGGGCCACGAUAAUGACAACUUUUUGGCCUCUCUCUCUCUGAUUGUAACAUGGUAUCACCUCCGACGUCGAUAGCCAAGUAAGGUCUCCGGCGACUCCCUUCUUCGGCGACCUCUUCCUCCGGCGAUCUCUUCCCUCCUCCCUCUUCUCGUCACCCAUCUCUAUUCCCUCUUAUCCACCAAUAAGGAGGUGGUAAGAGAAUAGAGUUCGGGUGUGCUGCGUGGAGAAUGGCCUGAUCACGCCUAUGUGGAAGGCGUGAUCAGAUCCUUAAGUGGAUCUUGUGGAUGCUACUUCAAUUGUGAUUAGAGUUCUUCAUGGAUCGUGUGGAGCAGAGUUAAUCUACUGUUCGUGGAUGCAGUUUUGACAUGAGCAACAGAUUUGAUAUGUCAUACGUGGGUGGUAUUAAGAGCGUGAUCAGAACCUCAAGUGGAUCAUGUGGAGUAGAAUGAUCUACAGAUCGUGGAUGUGAAAUCUGUACGUUGAAGCUUCGUGAGUUGUGGACUGCUGCUGAUCGUAAGUAUGAGAUCUGUCAGUUGAUAUUGUUUGUCUCUAUGUCGUGCGUUGUGGGCAGCUAGUUUUAUGUGGAACAACUAUAUUUAGGAGUAGUAGCAGCCAUCAGUUGAUGGUGGAAGGAGUUUCAGUCAUCGGCUGAAACAGUACUAUUCUGAAUUGUUGCCUGAUUUAUAGAGUUACAGAUUUGAAGUUGGAGUCAUAAGUGAUUUACAGAUUCUAUUGUGUUGUUGUGCCUUUGAUAUUCGUGGUCAGUGGUAUUACGUUUCAAAUUUGUGGUUAACAACUAGAUCCUAGACUCUUAACUUGUGCACUAGUUGUGUCUUCUUUAUGUACUAUGGCUGAAAACAGUAAAUCCAAGGGUUCUACUAAAUACAAGAUGGCUGGAAACUCAUUUUCUUACGGAACCACGAUCAAGCUUAAUGGUUCAAAUUAUGAAAUAUGGUCUAGGGUGUUCAUAAUGUUUGUGGCUAGUCAUAGGAAGAAAUAUGUUCUUGAGGAGGAUGAACCUACUGAGAAAAGAUGAAAAAAUGCUGCGGGGAAUGAAGAUAAUUACAUUGUUAUGUCAUAUAGCUCCAACAAUUGCAUAUUAUACCAAGGCCAAAGAUAUGUGGUCUUUAUUGAGGAAGACAUAUUCUCAUGCUACUAAUGUAAUUGAGAUUCUUCAAUUGGAAGAGGAGUUAUGCAACAUACGGCAAGGGGAUCAAGACCUAUCUCAAUAUUUUGCUACAUUGACUGCUGCAUAUGAAUGGUUAAAAGCUCUUCGUCCACUUUGCCGGCACUGCUAUGCAUCACACUUUGAAACUGGAGGACGUGGCCACGGUCCUUAUGUUGGACCUAGAGGACGUGGUGCAGGCCGUGGUGUAGGACGCGACAGGUUUCAAUGCACCUUCUGUGGCAAACUGGAUCAUUUAGAGGAUCGUUGUUGGGACAAGCAUCCUCACCUUCAUUCUGUUGGUCCACCUGGACGUGGUGGAGGUAGAGUCGCUGCAAGCAAAAGUCCUUCAUCCCAAACAGCCUCCUCAAAGGCAACAAUAUCUAUGGCUGAGUCUUCUAAUGAUCCUCCUAUAUCCAUGCCAUAUUCUCUUAACUUAAGGAUGAAUAUGAUCUUGUUCUUGCUCUGAGGUCUGCCUCUACAUCUACCAACACUACUGUAAUAGCCUCAGUCUUCUCUAUUGGUGCUCCUACU